CUCCCACUACCACUCCUUUAACUACUCCCUCCCGCAAUCGAGCUCGACUUUUCUACGCGCGACCUUCACAUCCGCAAACCAGCCCCACGCCACUGUUCCGGCACGAUACACGCGAGGGUUAUCAGCCGCCAGAGUACUUAAGCGACCACGUCCCAAGCUGGCGCCUUGUCGCGAAAUAGCCACUCGUACACAUCGACACAUCCCUCUCCCCCUCCCAACGCAGCGAUCCAACCACCGCCCCGCGACAAUCACCCGCCGGCGCUUAGCCAAGUCCUCUCGCCAGAGAGGAAAAGGAACGAGGCUGACAACGUUGACGACGACGGCCAAGACAGAACGACAUGGGAAAAUCACAGUCUAAGCUCUCGCAAGAGCAGCUGGUCGAACUGCAGAAGUCGACACACUUCGACAAGAAGGAGCUGCAACAAUGGUACAAGGGCUUCCUCAAGGAUUGCCCCUCGGGGAUGCUUACCAAGGAUGAGUUCCAAAAGAUCUACCGGCAGUUUUUCCCGUUCGGGGACCCGUCGAGCUUCGCCGACUACGUCUUUAAUGUCUUCGACAGCGACAAGUCCGGCACCAUCGACUUCAAGGAGUUCAUCUGCGCGCUGAGCGUGACCUCACGCGGCAAGAUGGAGGACAAGCUGGACUGGGCCUUUCAGCUCUAUGACAUUGACGGUGACGGCAAGAUCAGCUACGAUGAGAUGCUAAAGAUUGUGGAGGCAAUUUACAAGAUGGUCGGCUCUAUGGUGAAACUGCCUGAGGAUGAGGAUACCCCCGAGAAGCGUGUCAAGAAGAUCUUCCGCAUGAUGGACAAGGAUGAGAACGGCUGCCUCGACAUGGAGGAGUUCAAGGAGGGUAGCAAACGUGACGAGACCAUCGUGUCCGCCCUAUCUCUGUAUGACGGCCUGGUUUAGUCUUUUCGGCCUAGCGUAGGGUAUAAACAAGAGAGAGUUGUGAGACACAUAAACACCGGGAUGCUCUGUGUGGCCGAAAGAUAGAGAGAAACGGAAAAGGGCCGGGCCAGAGAGGGGGGCAGGGAAAGAAAGGGAGGCGGGGGCGAAGGAGUCUGCGGAUCAGGCGGGCACGACGGCGUUGCGCGUUUCUUCAUUUUCAUUACCUGCGAGACUGGACCGUGCUUGGGGGAAUCGACACGUGAGGUGUUUCCCAAGGACGGUGUCCGAUUUUUUCAAUGUUGCAAGCAACCUUCACGGCUUGGGCAUCUUUUCUCGCUAGUAAAUACAUGACGUUCGAUG